CUGGUUGAGGAGUCACCAAACUUUUGCAGCGGCUGUGGCGAGAGGCUUUAUCACGCAUCUUGCAUCGGAGACACUUCACUCCCAUUGAAUAAAUGUCGGCUUGAUGACCAUUAAAAGGGUGGUUUGAAGCCAUACCGUGGAAAAACUAUUUUCCUAACAACAGACCCUGACGCUACUGCCACAAAGUCUGCUCAAUCAAGCUGUUAAAAAAAUGAAGGACUUUAACAAAGAUCUAAAAGAUGGACCUUUCCUUCUUCUGUAUCCGGAUGGCACUGAGGUCAUUACUGUCCCUGGAACACAAAGACCAUUUACACUUGAGGCUUAUAAGGCUGAAGUUGGCAAGCCUUAUCAAAGAAUCAAUGUUUUCAUCUGCUUGAAGAGUGACUUUGAAGAUGUUGGAGAAAACUCAGACUUGUCUGACUCUGACCCAGAGAUUGUUAUUAAAAGGCCCUCUGAGUUUGAUCUUGCUGAUACAUUGCCAUGGGAACUUCAACAUGAAAGCAGUCCUUUACAGAAAGCAGCAGAAUAUGAGAAGGGUGCUGGGGAUCUUGUGCUUGCUAAUGAAGUACAACAGGUCCUGAAAGCUGAAUCAGAGGAGUCUUUGCAUAAUCUUAUUUUGCAAAACAGCACAAUCUUCCAAACUGCUGGAUGCCUCAGAAACGUCAAGCCUUUUGAGAAACAAGCAUUUGUGGAGGAGUACCUCAGAUGGUACAUCCUUGAAAGAAACCAAAGUGUCAUUCAACGAUUUAAAGAUGGACUGGAAAGUCUGAAUUUUUUAAGUGCACUGCAACAAAAUUCCAGUGUGCUGGCCCCACUCCUAUGCUUCUCUGCCAAGGCCCUGACUGCUUCAGAACUGGAGAGCAUGUUCAGACCAGAUCUCAGCCCAGCAGGAAGCAACAAGCGGCAUAAGGAGGUCCUAACACUUGGCUUUUGGGCAGAUUAUCUCCUUGAUUGUGAAGAGAAGGCAACAGCAGUGUGUCUGGAAGAUUCGAUGAUGUUUGCCACAGGGCUGACGGCAGUUCCACCGGCAGGAAUGACACCACCACCACGCAUCCAGUUUUUAAGUGUUUCGCCUUUUCCAGUUUCAAACACCUGUGCAAAUACUCUGAAGCUACCCAUCUGUGACUCAUACAGCAUCUUUAAGGCCAACAUGGACUUUGGAAUUCAAAAUGCUCCAGGAUUUGGAUGUUCUUAAAUCAGCAAGGUCAUCAAGUUACAGUUACUGAGUUACCCUGUUAGGUUCAGCUGCCGUUGGCAUACUACUUAACACAUUUAUGUGACAAGCAACUUCCAUAUUGUUAAACAUUUAGUUGUUUUUCUGAAUAUUGUGUAUGUUGGAAAAGUGACAGAAAUGCUGGACACUAUUUGUAAAUGGUUUUAUUAAAGAACAUUUUAAAUGUUU